AUAACAUUGAAGACAGACUGAAAGAAAGAAAGAGAGAAAAUUUGAGGAGGAAUCAAACUCUAUAUUUCUCUCUCUAUAUCCAUCUUCAAUUUGGAGUUUCAUCAUCGCCGGCGGAAAGGGUUUUUUGGUUGGUUGGUGAUGAUGUCUAAGAUGAAAUACAAGAAAGGAAGCAAAGUUGAGGUCUUGGAUACAAAGGAGGUUCCACUUGAAUCAUGGCGGUCUGCUGAGAUUAUAUGUGGUAAUGGACAUAACUAUACUGUUAGAUAUGAUAUAGAAUCUGGUGUUACAGAUGAGCCUGCUGUUGUUGAAAGAGUAUCUAGAAAAUCUAUAAGACCUUCUCCUCCUUGUGUUAAUUUCUCAAAUGCUUGGGUUUCUGGUGAUGUUGUGGAGGUUCUUCAUAACUGUUCUUGGAAGGUAGCUACUGUUUCUAAGAUCGUCGAAAGGAAUCAUUUCUUAGUCAGGCUUCGUGGAUCUGCUCGCGAAUUCAAGGUUCAUUCGCUUCAGCUUAGAGUACGACAGAAUUGGCUUCACAAUAGAUGGGUGGUGAUUGGAAAGAGGACUUGUGAUUAUCAGCUGUCGAAUCCAGAUGGGAAGAGGAAGUUACCGUAUUCCUCUUCUCAAGCUGAACCACCAUCAGGAAUUCGAAAAUUGAGAGUAGCAGGUCGGUUUUCAAUGGAUGUUGAUAAACCAAGGGAAGAAGAUGAGGAUAAUAUUGCUUCUUGUUCUUCUGUGGGUAGUUGUAGCUUAAUUAGUAAGAAUUGUUAUAAAAUCCCUCAAGAAGUUUAUAGAGUUCCUAGUGAAGAUAUUGAAGAACAAUCAUCUAGUGAUGCAGAAUCGGUCUGUUUUAGACAAAUUGAGGAAAGAAAGAGUUUUGUUCCAUCGAAGGAGGCUUUGGCUGGUGAAAUUCAUAGAUUAGAGCUGAAUGCUUAUCGUAGCACAAUUGAGGCAUUGCAUGCAUCAGGACCGUUAAGUUGGGAAAAGGAAUCGUUGAUGACUAAUCUUCGACUUUCGCUUCAUAUUUCAAAUGAUGAACAUUUAACCGAGUUAAGGAACUUAGCUGCUACUAGAUGACAGGAAUUUGACUAUAAUCUCUGUCUUCUCUUCUGGUUCAUUGGUUAUAACAACAACAACAACAACAUCAGCAACAUAAAAUAAGUUCAUCUGUCACUUUCAUUAUGAAUGUAAGUUCCUUUUUUGUUUUUUACUUUCUCAGAUUGAAACAUUUGUAAUUGUUAGGUAACUUGAGGGCAGUGAUUAUUUCAAAACUAUGCAUCAUCAUCUUCUUCUCUUAGUUCUUGUCUGUUGAAUAAUUUUUAGUUUUUUUUAAGACAGUGAAGCUGUAAAUAUUUGUUGAAUGUGUGAAAUUCAAUUUGGAA